AUGAGUGAAUCUAAUCAGUAUAACAAUGAAAACCGUGAUGCUCAAGGUCGUUGGUAUGAACUUCUUUCGCCAACACAAGUAUUGACUGGACCAGUACCAAACAACGUACAGACAACCAGAAAAGAACAUAAGAAGAGAACAUCACAUGGCAAUCGGAAAGCGCAACAUAAGACUCGAAGACGUCAACGUCAACGUCAAGAACCUAUAGAUCAAACGAUCAUUGAGGAUGAUCAAUUGAAUAGUGAACAUCGAACAACGACUGAAAAUAAACGUAAACGUCAAGUAAAUACAGAUGAGAUCAAUAUUAGUCAAUCACUCAGUCAAUUGUCUAUUUCACAACGAAAUCCAAAAAAGACAAAAUCAACAUCACAAAAUAAUCUAUCAGAACAAAAUGAUCUACAACAACGAUUUAAGCCACGUUAUCUAAGAGUGUCUGAUAAAAUAUUAAAACAAAUGUUAUCGAAUACAACUGAAGAUAAUCUGGACAUUCGAAAAUGUUUAGAUACAACUGAAAAAGUUCAGUUAGUUCGUCAAGUCAUCGAAGCAACGAAUAAUCUAUAUUAUUAUGAUUUACAACGUCAAUUAUGGCAAGAAUAUUAUAAUAUUGGUACGAAAGAAGAUGUAUGGAGACGAAAAAUAACCAAGUCUGCUGCUAAACAACAUCGUACAUGUCGAAGCUAUGGUCUACCUAAACAUAUCGUCGAAGAACGUCAAAAGGCAAUUACACGGCAAAUUCAACAUGGAAUUAAUGAACUACAGAAAUAUGCCAUACAAUUACAAAAUGAUCUACAACAGUGGCAACCAUCGGUGGAUCUAAAUAUUUUAUCAACUGCAAUUAAUAAAUUAGUAAUGAGUGCUCAACGAAGAUUGAGACAAGAAUUUGAUUAUAAAACAAGGAUGCUUGUAUUCAAUUCAAAUGAUCAUCAUUUAAUUACUAAAUUCUAUAAUUUACGACCCGAUGAAGAACAGAUUUAUAUUACAAAAAAGAUUUGGCAAACAAUAGCUGACCUAUUGAAAACCAAAGGACAAGAAGAAAUUCUUCGUAAACGAAUCUAUCUACGACGAUUACCAAACAAAUUUGAUAGAUUAAUCGAUCAAUCCUUGGAUUAUAUUGAACCAAUGCUUAUGAAUGAUGUUCUUGAUAAAGAUCGACGUGCUAGUUUAUCAUCACGAUAUUCAAAAACAAUUACACAAUAUAAAUUUGAGUUAAUGACUUUAAAUCUUGAUACAAUACAGGCUGUUAUUCGUGGUCAUCAACAAUUACUUGAUGAUUUACAAAGUCAACUAUUCACAACUUGUAAUAGUUCAUUAAUUCAAACAAUACAAGAUCGUGCAGAAGCAAUAAAACAACAACAUGAAUUCCAUUUAAAACAUCAAUUGGAUACUUUUUUCGACGAAGCUCCGACGACAUCAAACGAAUAA